AUACUUCAUCUUUCCAUGGCAUUUCUGACUUUGGCGGCAUCCUUUAUGCCCAUACUUCCAAUUUCUGCCGAAGCGCCUGCCGAUUCACAGCGGCCAUACUUUGUGUCGCUACGGUUACACAGUACGUGCUGAUCACAUUAUUGCCGUGGUGGCGAUUGGGGCUCGAAAUCGGAAUUUCUACCAUCCUUUUUGAGCUGUUACGUUGACGACAUGUUCAUGUCAACCCUGGAGCUUUCUACAAUUAUUUCUUUUGUUAGAACUUGAUGAUAGGACAUAGGAACAACCUUUUCAUACUACAUUUCGAGAGCUGGCGUUCAUGAUGUAGGAACAGUGGGUGGAGGGCGUCACACGAGGCAAGGAGAGGAAAGUGUUUUCAAUUAUUUGGUGCCUGAAGACUUCAGCAACAAAGUCAACGAUCUUCAUGUGGACGUCGGGGCCUGUCACAGAAGGUGUAGGUCAGGGCAAUUGUUGGACGCUCAGCCCUAGAUGAUUGAAGUUCCUAAUUUUGUUAUGCAAAAAUGAAUGGUACCCCCU